AUGUUUGCUAAUGAUGGUUAUAAUGACUGGAAGCAUCUUAGUGAGAGACUUAAAGAUCAUGAAAAAAGUGUAGAGCAUAUGAAUAACAUGAAAACUUGGAAAGAGCUGAAAGUUAGAUUUGAGAAGAAUCUCACAAUUAAUAAACCACUACAGAAAGAAAUUGCAAAAGAGAAAGAACGUUGGAGGUUUGUCUUAGCUAGAAUAAUUGCUGUUGUAAAAUUUCUUGCUAAAAGAAAUCUAGCUUUUCGUGGAAAAAAUGAAAAACUUUACCAAGAUAGUAAUGGUAAUUUCUUAGGUGCUAUUGAAAUGAUUGCAGAAUUUGAUUUGAUAAUCCAAGAUCAUAUUAGACGCAUUCAUAGUCAUGAAAUUCAUUGUCAUUAUCUUGGUCAUAAUAUUCAAAAUGAGUUUAUCUCUCUUUUGGCUCAUAAUGUUCAGCUUUCCAUCGUUAAAACCAUUAAAGAGUCUAGAUACUUUUCUGUCAUUCUUGAUUGCACACCUGAUGUGAGCCAUCAAGAGCAAAUGACCUUGAUAAUUCGAUGUGUGAAAAUAUCAAAUAGAAAAGCAAGUGUAGAAGAGUACUUCUUAGAGUUUCUAAAGGUGGAUGACACCACUGGAUUAGGUCUCUUUGAUAAGUUACUAGAUGCUUUAAAGUCUCUUACUCUUGAUUUUGAGAAUAUUAGAGGUCAAGGUUAUGAUAAUGGUUCUAACAUGAAAGGAAAACAUCAAGGUGUUCAAAAGAGAUUACUUGAUGUAAAUCCAAAAGCUUUGUAUAUGACGUGUGCUUGUCAUAGUCUUAAUCUUGUGGUUAGUGAUAUGGCUCAUUCAUGUGUAAAAGCUAUUUCUUUCUUUGGAAUUGUGCAACGCAUAUAUGCAUUAUUUUCUAGUUCUUCUAAGAGAUGGAAAAUUUUGCUUGAUCAUGUUCCUUGCUUUACUGUAAAAUCUUUGUGUAACACACGUUGGGAGAGUCGAAUUAAAAGUGUCAAAGCUAUUAGGUUCCAAGCUCCACAAGUAAGAUCAGCUUUAUUGGAAUUAUAUGAGUCUUGUGAUGAUGCUAUGACAAAGAGUGAUGCUGAAAGUUUGAUCAUGGCAUUUGAUAAUUUUGAAUUUAUCCUUGGCAUUGUUAUUUGGUAUGAUAUUUUGUUUGCCAUUAACUCAGUGAGUAAGAAUUUACAGUCUAAAUCAUUUUGCAUUGAUAAUGCUUUAAAACAAUUGCAAGGUGUGUGUUUGUUUUUUGAGAAGUAUAGACAUGAAGGGUUUAGUUCUAGUUUGAGCAUAGCUCAAACUAUUGCUCGUGAUAUGGAUGUAGAUCCUAUAUUUCCACAGAAGCGUCAUGUUUUCAGAAAAAAACAAUUUGAUGAAAUUGGUUUGGAUGAGGAAAUACAAUCUAGUGAAGAUGCAUUUAGAGUCGAUUACUUUUUGGUUGUGGUGGACAUGGCAAUGUCUUCGGUGAAGACCAGAUUUGAUCAAAUGAAAACUUUUGAAAGUAUUUUUGGUUUCUUAUUUGAUUCGAAAAAGUUAAAGACAUUACAUGAUAGUGGUUUACAAGAGCAUUGCUGUAACUUAUGCAAAACUUUUUCUCAUGGUAACUCGUCGAAUGUUGAUUUAGAUGAUCUUUUUUCAGAAUUGAGAGUGCUUCAAACGACUUUACCUGAUGUGUGA